GUCGUUUUCAUUUUCCGUGGUCUAUUUUCCAAGCAACAUCACACAGGCCACGAGAUAUCACGACGUUGACGACCUCGAGAGAUCAACUCGACUAAUACAGUCAAGUCAACAGCCGGUUGGCAGCUGCCCACCUGAGAUACGAUCACCAACCUCCACUACACAGUCCAAAAAAUCCCCCUUAUGCGCAAGAUUGCAAUCCUUCAUUAAACAUCGUGUUCGGUAUGCACACGAUGCACACGCCGUCGAGAAUUCGUCGCAGCAAUAUCCCAAUUGGUCGUGCUGCAUCCAAGACCUCACUAAUUAAUGGCCUGUGCGUGAACACCUCGCAGAACGCCAAGCCAUUUGGACACCACGCUUACGGAAAAAGCACAGAUGCUCAUCACCGACCACAGUUGCCCUACAGCGUGUGAUUCAUCCCAAGACGAAACGUUGAACUGUCACUCGUUGGAUCGCCGCCGUUGUCGUUGCAUUAACGUUCCCGCUGUCAUCCACCUCCAACGAUGUUCGAGAACAGAGCCUCCCCAAAGAUCCAGGGGUAAUAAACGGGCAAUGUGAGACGAGAGUCCAAGCUCCGACACUUACACGCCCUGCCCCGUGCUCCACCACACCCUUUCUUUCUGGGGAACAUCGCGCACAGCAUUGGCGGCCCGCGAAUACGCACCUGUGGAGUUGGUGUCGUGCUUGGUGGGACGCCUGUCCUUGUCAUUUGCAAUCUUUGCUUCCAUUUGUCCUCAACCCUGCAAACAGCUACGUAAAUCACGCAGGAAUCGGGUCAAGGUAGCUACAGAAGGGGACUUUUUUGAGGGGGGAGGGGUGAUGGUAUGCUACAUACCAUGUAUCGAUCGUCCGGCUGCUGUGGGAUCGCCAUCAAUCGUCUCGUUUUUUUGUUCGCCGUCCUCGGGUUGUGGGAGAGUCCGGGGAAUCCAUGAUAUGAACGGCUCACCCAAUAUCUCGGGCAGCCAUCCCGCCUUGCCCCAGAUUUUUUUCCCCGGACUGGCUUUCUCUUGUUGCACCCCACCCACUGGCAGAUGAGGCAGCCGUUGAGCGGAACCGCCGUCGUCGGGUAGUUUGUUGUUGUUGCUGUCCUUGCCGUUGCCAGCGCCAUCUUCUGCGAAGCUGGCGUGCUGCGACUCUGAUGUCGCACUUUACCGCCACCAUAACGACGACCGACUUGACGUCAUAUUCCCAUGAGCCCACGACAACGCAUGGCUCGACCAAGGUAGCACGGGGUGAGGCGGAAACGCCAGGGUUCAAGGUCAAGCAGACGGUGGAUUAUGGGCACCAGAUCAACUUUACCAUUUGGUUUUUGACUGCCUUGUCGGCGGCCUUUCUGGCACUGAGGGUGUACUCCAAGUCUUUGAGGCAUCGAGGGUUGUGGUGGGAUGAUCAUGUUCUUAUCGCUUCGUGGAUAGCACUUGCCUUGUCUUGUGCCUUCGUCUCCGUCUCUGUCACCUACGGUUUUGGUCGGUCACUCUCGCUCUUCAACUUCAAGAACCUCAACAUCUAUCUGUUAUACUGCAACUUGGCCGGCACCUUCUCCAUCUUAGCCGCUUGUUGGAGCAAGACCUCGUUUGCCAUCACCAUCUUGCGCAUAUCAAACGGGUGGAUGAAGUGGCUGGUCUGGUUCAUCAUCGUGACGGUUAACCUCUCGCUCGGGGUGGCGAUUGCGCUCACGUGGGGGCAGUGCACGCCAAUUGCAAAGAUCUGGCAGCCAAAUCUGGAGGGAAGUUGCUGGUCCAAGCAUUACCAGGUUAGGUAUAACAUCUUUACAGCCAUUUACUCUGGCGCAAUGGAUAUUGUUCUCGCCUUGCUCCCCUGGAGGAUCAUCUGGAAGCUCACCAUGAACAAGAAGGAGAAGUUUGGCGUCCUCGUCGCCAUGAGCAUGGGUGUUUUUGCCGGCGUCACCUCCAUCAUCAAGAUAACACAGCUUCCCUCCAUCUCCGACGCGUCGUUUACCGAGUCCACGACCCAGCUCGCCAUUCUGGCCGCAGCCGAGGGCGCAAUCACCAUCGUUGCCGCUUCGAUUCCUAUACUCCGCGCUCUGCUCAAGCACAACGGGCCCCCGCCCGGCCCGGCAGAGUUUUAUCACGAUAUUUACACCGGUUCUUCCAACGCGCAGGGCACAGGUCGCAGCUCGACGGUCAUCAGCUCCCAGGGACAUCGUCGCAAUGAAUCCAGUUGGAGCCGGGCGAGUCGAGUCAGCAGUAACAAAGAAACCAAUGUCGGAGGUUCUUCUGGGAGGCCAGGGAGCAGGUCAGGGUCCGUCAUCAGGUUGUCACGACUGUCGAGAUUUAGUAGGUUCAGUGCUGGGAUGUUUAACCCAAAUGGGUACCCCAGUGGGAGCAGGGGGUCGUCGAUACGGGGCUCCAUGUCGAGGAGCAGGAGUAGGAUACGAUCGAGGAACCAGAGCACGAAUUCUUUUGGGAGUGUCGAGGCUGGGGAUGAAUUUGAGCCGCCGCCUGGGAAGAUCAUCCAGACGGAAGAGGUCAGCGUGGAGUAUGAAGUGAAUGACAGGAUAGGGAUGCCGAGUGUGCCGUUGUCAAAUAGGCCGAUGCCGGAUGAUCUGCCGGAUCUGCCUAUGCCAGCGACAGUGCAGAUCACUACGGCAGAGGUGCAAAAGCAGACGUUACAUCAUUAUCAUCAAAGGAUGGACUCUGUGCCGAGUGAUAGGCAGUGGAUGGGGGCAGCGGGGAGAAUUGUGUAGGUUCGCAUGGGGCAUGAGUUUCGGGGUCUUCGUUUUGGUUUCGGGUUGGGAACGGUUGGUAAGGGAAGGUUUGGAGCAUCUUGCAUUCGUCUUGGUCGUUCAUUCUUUUUCGUUUUGGGUGCUGACGGUCAUGACCUUGGAAUACCCGGUUUAUUCAUGUUGCGAGCGUUGAUUAUGUGUAGCGUUGAGGUUUGGGAUGGGGUCGCCUGUUCAAAAUAUUAUGUCGUUUAAUCAAUGAUGUUUCUUUCCUGUUGCCUGCGACUUUUGCGCGGACUGUCCUGGCAUUGAACUGGCAGCUGUUCUUGUAUCAGAUAGUACGAGGUUCCUGUGAACCCAAAGCUUUGAGACCAGUCCGCUGGUUAUGAACAUGAUGAUGAAAAUAAAAUCAAUUAUCAGAUAAUGAACUUGGUGAGGUCGAUUGCCGAGGUAGUCAAUAAUAGACUGUGAGAAGAAAA